GCGCAUUUCAAUCGAUUCUAAAUUUCCAAUCGCUUAUCGGUGUGUGGAAAUUAAAAGUGGCUUUUAUUGGUCGCGUCGUGAUUAAUUAUCCUUAGAAUUCCUGAUUUGUUGAGGAAUCAGGUUGUGAAUUUAGUGGAGUGGUGAAAUCGGAUUAGUGGGGUCCGGUAGUUUGCUUUUAACGAUCUGUGUUCAUCACCUCUACAACAAAAAUGGCCGAUUUCCUCGACUCGGAAGCUGAAGAAAGUGAGCAGGAGGAGGAGGAUUUGGAACCUCAUGAGCGUAAAAAGCUGAAAAAAUUAAAGGCAGUCAGUGACAGCGAAGAGGAAGAGGAAGAUGACGAAGAGCGGCUUCGAGAAGAGUUGAAGGAUCUCAUCGACGACAAUCCUAUCGAGGAAGAUGACGACAGCGGCGGGGAAGAUUCGGAUGCAUCCGGCAAUCACCCCAAGAGAAAGAAAAGUGAUGACGAAGACGAACUCGAUGAUCGAUUGGAAGACGAAGAUUACGAUCUAAUUGAGGAAAAUCUGGGUGUUAAAGUCGAGCGGAAACGAUUCAAACGGUUGAGGAAAAUCACCGAUGAGGGCAGCGACGACGAUGAGGCCGUUGAUGAUGGUCUCAACAGAGAGGUGAUUGCCGAACAGCUUUUCGAAGGAUCCGGCGAUGAGGACGAGGAGCACCAUUCUGAGCGGGAGAGCAACCGCGAACUUCAAAUGACGACCGUGGAAAAUCCGGAUGAUGAGGAGGAUGAAGAAUCCGACGCUGACGAUUUUAUUGUCGAUGACGAUGGUGUUCCUAUAAGCGAUAAGCGCAAGAAGAAAAAGCACAUAUUCACAGACGCGUCACUUCAGGAAGGACAGGAUAUUUUCGGGGUCGACUUUGACUACGAAGAGUUCGAUAAAUACGAUGAAGAUGAAUACGAAGAUGAGUCGGAAGUUGACGAUGAGUACGAGGAGGAAGGAGGAGAAGAGCGUGCUAAACGACCGAAGAAACAAGCCAGGAAGAAGACAGCUAAGAAGACCAUAUUCGAUAUAUUCGAACCUAGCGAGCUGAAAAGGGGUCAUUUUACUGAUUUGGACAAUGAAAUUAGAAAAACAGAUAUACCAGAACGAAUGCAGCUACGAGAUGUACCAGUAACGCAAGUAUCGGAAGGUUCCAACGAACUGGAGGAUGAAGCCGAAUGGAUCUUCAAGCAAGCUUUUUGCAAACCUCCCGUAUCCAAUCAGGAAACAUACACUCGAAAGUCUUCAUCGGCGAUUCCCAAAAUCAAGCAGGCUCUCGAUUUUAUGAGAAAUCAGCAUCUGGAAGUACCAUUCAUUGCCUUCUACAGGAAAGAAUACGUGCAGCCGGAUCUCAACAUCAACGAUUUAUGGAAAGUUUACAAGUACGACUCAAAAUGGUGUCAGCUCACAGUGAGGAAAAAUAAUUUAUUAAAACUGUUCGAGAACAUGCGUAAUCAUCAACUUGACCAGAUCAUGGAGAAUCCAGAUGCACCGAUUCCCGAUGAAACACGCGUAGUCAAAGAUGAAGAUUUUGACCGGUUAAGGAUGGCUCAAUCCCAGGAGGAGCUACGAGACGUUCAUAAUCAUUUCCUGCUGUACUACGCACACGAAAUCCCAACGAUGCAAGAAAAAAUGAAACGUAAAGAACGCGAACGCAUACGCCAGGAGAAACUGGAAGCUCGAAGAAAGGCACUCGAGGCUAGUGAAGAAGGCGUCGAAAGUAUUGAUUUGGAGAACUUGGAAAUUGAAGAAGAGCCAUAUACAGAAGAACAUGUAAAGCUCAACAUUGAUUCUGGUCCGUACGCUAUGUGUCGCAAGGGGGGAUUAAGUGGAUUAGCGAAACGGUUUGGCUUGACUCCUGAAAAGUUUGCUGAAAACGCCCGAGAUAGUUAUCAACGGCAUGAGGUCGACCAGGAAGCUUGUGAUCCAGCGGAUAUAGCAAAAGAAUAUAUCAAUAACCGGUUCACAACGGUAGAGGAUGUACUACAUGCUGGGAAAUUUAUGGUAGCUAGGCAGCUUGCUAGAGAGCCUUUGCUGAGGAAAUGUGUCCGAGAGUUCUACUACGAACGUGCAAAACUCAGUGUUCGACCGACGAAAAAAGGAAUCAAGGAAAUAGACGAAAACCAUGCUUGUUAUCCGAUGAAGUAUAUAAAGGAAAAACAUGUCAGAGAUAUGACGGGUGAUCAGUUUCUGAAGUUGCAGAUGGCUCAAGAUGAUAAACUCCUAACGAUAACUAUCUCCGAGCGCAUUGAGGGUACAACAUCCGGAGACAUCAUUGACGAAAUGAAGGCCCUGUAUCAGAAAGAUGAAUUCUCCAAAAGUGUUCAGGAGUGGAACACAUUGCGUUCGGAGUGUGUCGAGUUGGCUUUUACAAAAAUGGUUCUGCCAGAUUUGAGACGGGAGUUGCAGGCCAUUCUGCUGGAAGAGUCCAAGGAAUCGGUUCUCAAAAUAUGCUGCCGGAAGCUGUACAAUUGGAUUAAAGUAGCACCUUUCAAUCCCGCGUUUGAUGUAGACGAUGAUGACUACGAUUGGGACACAUCACGCGGUAUCCGUGUCAUGGGAGUCGCAUACGUUCCUGACUAUUCGCAAUCAGCGUUUGCGGCUAUAACGGCUCCGGAUGGUGAAAUUACAGAUUAUUUGCGGAUUCCCCAUCUGCUGAAGCGGAAGAACACUCACAGAGAGGAUGAAAAAUCCCUCAAAGAGGCGGAUCUGCAGUCGAUCACUGAUUUCAUCCGAAACAAAAAACCCCAUGUGAUUGCGGUGGGCGGAGAAUCCAGGGAAGCAUUGAUGAUUCAGAAAGACUUUCAAGAAUGUGUAAAGACCCUGGUCGAUGAGGAGCAGUUUCCGGAGAUAGCAGUUGAAAUCAUGGAUAACGAGCUGGCAAAAGUGUACGCCAACUCUGUCAAAGGAACUAGCGAUUUUCGUGAAUAUCCUUUUGUUCUCCGGCAAGCUAUUUCGCUGGCGAGGAGAAUACAAGAUCCGUUGGUGGAAUUCUCGCAGUUGUGUAACGCUGAUGAGGAAAUCUUAUGUUUGCGGUACCACAUGCUGCAAGAUCAGCUAUGCAAAGAAGAAUUGCUGGAAAGUUUGUACCUAGAAUUUAUUAACCGAACUAAUGAAGUUGGUGUGGAUAUUAAUCUCACUGUCCAAAACUCAAUCACUUUGAAUUUGGUACAGUUCAUUUGCGGGCUGGGACCAAGAAAAGGGCAAGCCCUAAUCAAAGUGCUGAAGCAAACGAAUCAACGAUUGGAAAAUCGAACGCAGCUGGUCACUGCUUGUCACAUGGGCCCGAAGGUAUUCAUCAACUGUUCCGGUUUUAUUAAAAUCGAUACAAAUUCCCUCGGUGACAGCACGGAAGCCUAUGUCGAAGUUUUAGACGGAUCACGCGUUCAUCCGGAAACGUAUGAGUGGGCUCGCAAAAUGGCAGUGGAUGCAUUGGAAUAUGACGAUGAAGAUGCCAACCCCGCCGGCGCUCUGGAAGAAAUUUUGGAAUCCCCUGAACGUUUGAAGGAUCUAGAUCUGGACGCGUUUGCAGUGGAAUUGGAACGUCAAGGUUUCGGCAAUAAGAGCAUUACGCUCUAUGACAUUCGCGCUGAGUUGAAUUCUCGCUACAAGGAUCUUCGAACUCCGUACCGCUCUGUGACUGCGGAAGAAUUGUUCGAUUACUUAACGAAGGAAACUCCCGAAUCCUUGUAUGUUGGUAAAAUGAUGCUGGCUACCGUGGCUGGCAUCAGCCAUCGCAAACCGCAAGGUGAUCAACUGGAUCAAGCAAAUCCUGUCCGAAACGACGAAACCGGACUGUGGCAGUGUCCUUUCUGUAUGCAGAAUGAGUUUCCCGAGCUUUCGGAAGUAUGGAACCACUUCGAUGCCGGUGAGUGUCCUGGACAAGCCACUGGUGUUCGCGUGAGAUUCGACAACGGGCUGACAGGGUUUAUUCAUAUAAAAAAUAUCUCCGACAAGCAUGUGAAGAAUCCGGAAGAGCGAGUUCAGAUGGGUCAAACCAUUCAUGUGCGAAUUACGAAAAUAGACGUCGAACGGUUCACCUUGGAUUGCUCGUCAAAAAGCUCGGAUUUGGCAGAUAAAAACAAUGAAUGGAGACCGAGAAAAGAUGCAAAUUAUGAUGAAGACACUGAAGACAAGGAUAACAAGAAGGAAACAGAAACCAAGAAACAAAAACAGCGACAACAGUAUAUAAAAAGGGUAAUUGUGCACCCUUCGUUCCACAAUAUUUCUUACGCGGAAGCUUUGAAACUCCUAGAUCAGUUGGAUCAAGGGGAGGUCAUUGUGCGACCCUCUAGCAAAGGUGCAGAUCACUUGACGGCAACAUGGAAAGUAACGAAAGACAUCUACCAACACAUCGAUGUGCGUGAAGAAGGAAAAGAAAACGAUUUCAGUUUGGGCCAGUCGUUGUUGAUCGGUAACGAGGAAUUCGAGGACUUGGACGAAAUUAUCGCAAGGUAUAUAAGUCCUAUGGCCUCCUACGCACGCGACUUGUUGAACUACAAAUACUACAAGGACACUGACGGAGGCAUGAAGGACAAAGCGGAGGAGUUCCUCAAAGAGGAGAAAAAGAAAAAUCCAAACAAAAUCCACUACGUUGUAUCAGUGGCGAAAAAUUAUCCCGGAAAGUUUCUUCUGUCAUAUUUACCGCGUACGAAAUAUAAACAUGAAUACAUAACCAUCACACCGGAGGGCUACCGAUUCCGAAGCCAGAAUUUCGAUUCGGUAAAUGCACUACUUAAAUGGUUCAAAGAACAUUUCCGUGAUCCCAUUCCCAUGGCAACGCCGGCAAGUACGCCUCGGGGUAGUUCAUCAGUGACGCGUACUCCUUACUCAGGAUCACCAAAGUUCAACAGUGAUGCAAUCACGAAAUUAGCUCAAAAUAUGCCAACACAUAUGUUGAACUCUCUAUCGCAAGCCACAAGUCAUACACCGCGAUACGAUUACACACCAGGUGAUUUUGGAAGCACCAGCAACUACGUGACUACACCAUACACUCCAAGUGGUCAAACGCCGUUCAUGACUCCUUAUCAACAAACGCCUCAUUCUUCACAAACUCCAAGGUAUGGUUCUUCAACGCCGUCGCAACACUCGAACGGGUCUUUCGUGCAUCCUGGAUCGGUAGGCAUGCAGCAACGUAAUCGUAUGGGACAAAAUGAUCGCAGUGGAAGCUCUCCCUUCAACAAUCCCGCAUCAGUGUCUCCGUACUCUAACGAAAGCAACAGCUUCAAUCGUUUCGACUCUAUGCAACAGGAGAAAAGGAACUGGGAAAAGGCAACUGACUCGUGGAUGUCCAAAAGCAGAGGAGGCGGUAACAAUCCUCGGGAUGGCGGCCGAAACACUCCUAAAAGUGGACCAUCCGGCCGACCGACAGGGGAGUAUCGGCCACGUAAUAAGUUUGCUAGCGAAUCUUUCGGCUCUACGAAUCCACAGCCAGUGAGAGGUAACAAUGCAGCUCCAAGCCCCCGUCCUAAUUCGAACACUACACAAAAACCUAAUAGCUCACCUCCACAAGGAACGUUAGCAACUCUAGGAGAUUCAACCCCAUUGUGGGAUGAAUAAGCAG